AGUGCAAUCACGAGAGAGCACACUUACCGUAUGGCUGGUUGAAGAAGUGGCUUGUUUUUAUCUCUUGACAAACCACAUGUCACAGACAAGUCACUGAAGAAGAAAAAGACAAAAGUAACAGAUUUCAGGAAAUUGAUUUUUUUCAGUCAAACAACCCUUCAACUGAUUUAAACAGACAUGUCGAAGAAUCUAUUCAAUACAGGUUAUAUCCACUAUGGUGAACCAGGGUCUGGCCAUUAUGGCUCAACACUUUCCAAGCAAACUGAAGAAUUAACAAAGCCUGUGAGGGACAAGGUACAAGCUUUGGUGGAAGAUAUUCCUUUCAACGAGCCUGUUUUCAACAUCGGUGACUACGGCGCAGCAGAUGGGUCAUCUUCGAUGCCGUUCCUGAGGAAUAUACUGACGACUCUGAAAGAACGACACGGUCCCCAGUGUCAGUUCAAUGUCAUCUACGAAGAUCGAGCCUUAAACGACUUCAACUCUUUGUUCAAAUGUAUCUCUGGAUUAAUUCCUGGCCAUAAAUCGUACCUUCUUGACAUGGACAAUGUCUUUGCUCUGGCAUCUGGUGUAGACUUCUAUAAGCAGUGUGUACCAUCCAGCUCCAUGCAUUUCAUCAUGUGUAUGGCCGCUGCUCACUGGUUGUCGAAAACACCGACUCUCUUCAAGGAAUCAAUUUAUUUUAACCAAUACAGUAGCGCAGAAGAAAAGAAAGCCCUACAGGAACAGGCUCGUUCAGACUGGGAGACGUUUCUCCUGAUGAGGAGUAAAGAACUCAAGAAAGGAGGAGUUCUACUUGUCUCCGUGUCCUGCGAAUACUUUGAGGAAUCGAGAUUUUGUUUGCAAAACAUUAUUUCUGUUUUGACAGAAGAGUGGAAGAGAUUACGCAAUUCGGGUACAAUCACGAACGAGGAAUUCAUCAACACAAACGUGCCGUUUUGCCACUACAACAUCAGAGAUCUCAAAGCGCCGUUGGAAAAUCCAGCAUCUCCCGUUUGGAUAUCGGGUCUGCGUCUUGUUUCAGCCGACGUCGUCAAAGUCGAAGACGUGUACUACUCCGCCUGGAAGACAAAGAAGGACCAGGAGGGCAUCGAUGACAGGGAAGGAUUUGCCAGGGCGUAUGUGGCCGCCCACAGGAACUGGAGCAACUUUACAUUCAUCGCCGGGCUUUCCAACUCAAGGGCACAAGAUGAGAAAGAAGAGAUUGUUGACUGUUUUUUUGACACAGUGCAGAACCGGAUAGCAAUCAUGAAUCCAUACACCUUCAAAGAUGAUAUUUUUAUGAACUACCUUAUUAUUUCGAAAGAAUACUAGUUAUUUCCUGGGUUGGCAAUUAGAUAAUCUUGGGAGGAUGUUGAGGGUUGAGGAUUGGGUGAGGUGGGGUGGGGUGGAGUUUGGUAGUGUGGUUGAGAGGCAUUGUUUUAUUUUCCCCUUCUUAUUGCUAAAGAAGGCUGGUUAAGUCUGGGGCACAAACAUUUGUUUAAUUCAUGUGGAAGGUGAUAGGGACCAGGGGACAAGAGUUGCGAGAGCUGAAAACAUGUGAAAAAAUAACCAAUGACCUUGCAUGCAUUUUUCCUUAGUUAAUGUAGACAAGAAAGUGUCGCUCGUUCACAGGACGAAAAACCAAGUACGUAAAGCCAGACGAGGAAUAUUAGAUGCUUGAUCAGUUCCUUAUAUAAAGCAACUACCAGCUUUACAAUUCCCCCAAUAUUUUAUAGCUGUAUUACUCACCAUCCAACCAAAGCCCAGUCAACUCAUGUUGAGUAUAAGGUGGUGGGUCUCUAAAUUAUCCAUUAUAAACAGGAACAAUUCUUAGCAAUAGCUCUUAACAAGGUAGUCUGAUAGUCGGACUGGCAGCGUUGAUGUCGAUGUGGGUGGGGAUAGGUGAACAUUACUGGCCAUUCUUCUCGAAUACGUCAUGCGUCUUACAAAUUUCUUGCAAUUCGACCAACACCUGAUUGGUUGCGUUUCUCCUUCCAUUGGCAAAACUAUCCUUUUAUGAUUCAAAUAAAACUACAUUAUUCGAAAGAUGACAUAACGUUAAAUACGGAAAUACAAAUGCCAACUGUGGAUAAAUUCAAGGUUCAUAUCAACAUCCAAGAUUAUGCCGUGUUUCAGCAUGUCUUCAUAAAUAGUGACGUCAUGAUCUCGAUCGCAAGAAUCCAACGGGACUUAAAGUUAAAACUAGACAAAGGUGGUAUCUUCCCAUUAUGACUACGCACAAUAUGGCUACUCCCAUUUUGUCUAUUCGUGAACAUAAACAUGGAGCACCCCUACAAUUCAUAAUGCACUGUACCUGUAUAGCUGAUUACUCACAGUUUGUCUACUCUUUGAAAUAAACCCAUAAGGGAGACUCCCAGGGCCUGCCCAUAAUCUUUAGAAGCUAAGUGAAUCAGGGAUCUUGUGAUCAUUCUUUGUUUCUUUUGAUAUUUGGAGAUAACGCCUCUGCUCGGAUUAAAACUUUGUAAACUUAUAGUACAGGUUGUUUGCUUUAAAAUUUGGACAUAAUCCAAUUAAUGUUGCCGUGAAGAUAUUUCCGGUAACAGUACGGAAUCCACAUCCACAAAAUGGAAGUCAAAAUGGCCGCAUGUCCUGUGUCACGUGGUCAGGACAAUGAACACACAGUUCCUGGUCUGGAGCAGUUAAAAUAGCGCGAGAUCUCGUGAACCGGAACAGACAUAACGGGAAUGGACCGAUUCAACUGGCACAAGCUUAACCACGGUCUGUCGACGGUAACAACUCAACAGUUUUGACCAGUUGCUGCGUGCCAGUACACCGUAGCCAGUAACUAUAUUUUUAUGAGUUGUAUUAAGUUAUUUCUGUCGUUUUUCAACCCCAUUGUGAUCUUUCUGAAAAUUGGUACUAAUGGAUGUGUCAUUAAGUCAUUUUGUAUUAACACUACAAGCUUUAUUACUGUUGCCCUUUCUUUGCUGUGAAUGUGUUAGCACAGGUCCCGAAACUGCAUAUAUAAUGAGGAUGAGAAAGAGCGCGGCGUUGCAAAAUAACAUCGCACUGUGUUGCAAGUGUGUUGCACUUGCUGAACUAACUCCAGUAUCGGUGACCUUUGCUAUAAUAUCCACAAUGAACUUAGUUAAGCGCCCCCUGACAUAUCUCACGAUUGAAUGAGCCCCGAUCGUAACCCUUGGGAGCAUAUCUGGGACAUGAUUGGUCGUCGUGUGCAAGAAAGCGAUCCUCGUGUACAGAACCUGGCCCAAUUGGAAGUUGCUUUACACGAGGAAUGGCGUAGCCUGCCCCUUCAGAGGAUCAGGAGGCUGACAGGGGGUAUGGGGAGGAGAGUGCUAGCGGUCAUACAGUCACGUGGACAUUACACUCGGUAUUGAC